AUGGUCACUGACGAAGUAUGGAUUGACCAAACAACAUACUAUUCCGUAUUGGGACUUACAACCGAUGCCUCAGAUUCGCAGAUCAAAAAAGCAUACAGAAGGAUAGCUAUGGCUAUUCAUCCAGAUAAAAAUAAAUCCAAAAGUGCAGCGGAAUUGUUCAAGCUCGUAUCACACGCACAGUCUGUCCUCACCGACAAGGAGAAGAAACGAGACUACAACAUCAAGCUUAUAUCCAAGGGCCUUCACACCUAUGUGCCCAAGGCCUGUAGGCUCUCUACACUAGUGGAGAAGUCAACCAUAACAUCGCAGAGCCCCAAAAAGCCGGCCAAAGUUUCUCCCCAAAAAAUCGUGCCUCGGUCGAGCUCUGCGAGGGCCACCUCACCGGUGGCCCCACCCAAACCUGGGCCACAAACAUCUUUCCAGAGACGAAAUAAGCCCUAUGAGCAACAGCCCUAUGGCUUUGGGAUCGGGGAUGAUACUGUGCAAAACAGUCCUUCCUCUAAAGGGUCACAUACACCCAACCGAGACAAACCUUUCAAAGCUAAAAGUUACCAACAUCAGCGACCCGUAACUACGAAACCAGCCGCAGAUGAAUCCAAAAUACGAGGUUCGACUUACAGCUCUAGGUUUCCCGCCACGAGCGUGGACUCUCAUGAUGAUAACCAAGAUUUGCUCGCUACAUUUUCUAGAGGGAAACGAUCAAAGCUAAAUGGUGAUAAACUGACGGACACAGAUAACCAAGAGCCCCCACUGUCACCAUUUAUGAACCAACAUCAGCGGCAUUACGCGCGAUCGGCCUAUCAAGAUAAGGAACGCAGUCGCAGAUCUACGUCACCCAUCAAACAGCAGACAAAUUCCAGUGUAGAAACGCUACAAGAUAUCAGAAAUAUUGUCGAAAACCUCAAUAAGGUUCAAGUUGAGACAAAUGCUUCAAAAAAGACCACCAGCGCUACUGUCGUUGACCAGGAGCCGGCAAAUGGACGUGUAUCAAACGCUGAAACUCGAGGACACUUGCAAAAUAAUACAACUCCUGAUUCGCAAGAGACGCGACAGCAGUCAAUUCCUCAAAAAAGAUCCGUUGCCGUCGAUGGACCCUCUAUAAAUCCGUCAGCCCUAGGCUCACCCGAAGCUAUCAGACUGAGCGAGCUGGAGAACGUCCUUCCAAACGAUGAUAUGUUUUUUGAUAUGCGCCAGGUCAGUGAUACGCUGGAUGACGUGCGUGUCAAGAGGGCCAAAUCUGCUCAUACGGACCAAACGGUGAAAAGGGUAUCCAUACAGCGGGGGAAAACAUCUCAAUCUGAAUUCGCGGCUCGUGGGUCUGAGCCACAGAGUCUCUCACGACCCGUUAACGAGCCAUUACCACGUAUAUAUAAGGUGGAGCAGCUCUCUUUUCGAGAGCUAGGUCUAGAUGCCACUCUUGUUGGAAUCCCGUUACCCACCAUCCCCAGCUUGCACGCUAAUGUCAUGGACAAGCAAGAAAUUCUGCACACAACAGAAAUGGUGAAAGAUUUUCAAGAUAGGGCCUCUAAACACAAACGCCAGCUAUUAGAUGCGCUUCUCAGGCGUUCAACUGCUGACGACCUUUUCCACGAACGUCUUGCACGCGUCGAAAACACGGCCAUACUACUCCAAGUAAAAAAAUACGACAUGGAGCUCGGUGAAAGAUUACAAGAACUACAAAACCGACAAAGGCUAGUCUCAGAGAGUUAUGCUACAUUCCUGAAGUCAUUAUACCACAGAACUUCUGGAUCCUAG